CGAGGGGCUGGAGCGGGGCCGGCCGGGGAGGCGCAGGACGCGCGGGAGCCAAUGGGCGCGCGCGGGGGAGCCGGGCUGGCGGCGGCGGCCGGGCCGGCGCGCACUCUCGGGAUGGAGGGCGAGCGCCAGACGUCGCGGGGGUGCUCCUCGGACCUCUCGGCCGGCGGCGCCGACGGGGAGAGCCCGGGGGCCGGCGCCCCCUGCCCGGGUAACGGCUCCUCGGCGCUGCUGCAGGCGAAGGUGCUGGAUCUGGACGAGGACGAGGACGACCUGGAGGUGUUCAGCAAGGAUGCCUCAUUGAUGGACAUGAACUCGUUCAGCCCUAUGAUGCCAACAUCUCCUUUAUCGCUGAUAAACCAGAUCAAGUUUGAAGAUGAGCCGGAUUUAAAGGAUCUCUUCAUCACAGUUGAUGAACCUGAAAGCCAUGUUACUACAAUUGAAACGUUCAUUACUUACAGGAUUAUUACUAAGACAUCUCGUGGGGAAUUUGAUUCCAGUGAAUUUGAAGUUAGGAGACGUUACCAAGAUUUCCUUUGGUUGAAGGGAAAGCUUGAAGAAGCACACCCCACCCUCAUUAUCCCACCAUUGCCAGAAAAGUUUAUCGUAAAAGGAAUGGUGGAACGCUUCAAUGACGACUUCAUUGAGACCCGCAGGAAGGCACUACAUAAAUUUUUGAACCGUAUUGCUGAUCAUCCAACUUUAACAUUUAAUGAAGACUUCAAAGUUUUUCUCACUGCACAAGCUUGGGAACUGUCAUCUCACAAGAAGCAAGGGCCUGGAUUGCUAAGCAGGAUGGGACAGACCGUCAGAGCUGUUGCAUCCUCCAUGAGAGGGGUGAAAAGCCGCCCAGAGGAGUUCAUGGAAAUGAAUACCUUUAUUGAAAUGUUUAGCCAGAAAGUAAAUUUGAUAGAUAAAAUAUCUCAGAGAAUUUACAAGGAAGAAAGAGAAUAUUUUGAUGAAAUGAAAGAAUAUGGCCCGAUUUAUGUUCUGUGGUCAGCAUCAGAAGAAGAUUUGGUUGAUACUCUAAAAGAUGUUUCCAGCUGUAUUGACAGAUGCUGCAAAGCCACUGAAAGACGGCUGUCUGGACUCUCAGAGGCCCUGCUUCCCGUCGUCCACGAGUACGUGCUUUACAGUGAAAUGUUAAUGGGUGUUAUGAAAAGAAGAGACCAAAUACAAGCAGAGCUGGAGUCCAAAGUUGAAGCUUUGACCUAUAAAAAGGCAGGUACUGAUCUACUUACAGAAGAGAUUGGAAAACUUGAAGAUAAAGUGGAAUGUGCCAAUAACGCCCUGAAAGCAGACUGGGAAAGAUGGAAACUGAAUAUGCAAAAUGAUAUCAAGUCGGCAUUCACAGACAUGGCUGAGGAGAAUAUCCUCUAUUAUGAACAGUUGUGCCAAAGAAGAUGAAAUAUUUGGGAAUUUGCCUAACAAAGGAUAUGAAAGAUCUCUAUAAAGAGAAUUAUGAAACUCUGAAAAAGAAAUAGCUGAAGACAUUAACAAAUGGAAAAACAUACCAUGCUCAUGGCUAGGAAGAAUUAACAUUGUUAAAAUGUCCAUAUCCCAAAGCAAUUUACAAAUUUAAUGCAAUCCCUAUCGAAACACCACUGUCAUACUUUAAAAAUCUGGAAAAAAUAGUACUUCAUUUUAUAUGGAACCAGAAAAAACCUAGAAGAGCCAAGACAUUACUCAGAAGUAAAAACAAAUCAGGAGGAAUCACGCUACCUGACUUCAAACUAUACUAUAAAUCACUUGGCAACAAAGAUAUUUGCACCAGAUUGUUCACUGCAGCUCAAUUCAUAAUAGCCAAGUCAUGGAAGAAGCUCAAGUGCCCAUUGACACAUGAAUGGAUUAAUAAAUUGUGGUAUAUAUAUACCAUGGGAUAUUAUGCAGCCUUAAAAAAGAUGGAGACUUUACCUCUUUUACGUUUACAUGGAUGGAGCUGGAACAUAUCCUACUUAGUAAAGUAUCUUAAGAAUGGAAGAAAAAAUAUCCAGUAUACUCAGUACUAUUAUGAAACCAAUUUACAAUCACUCACACUUUCAUAUGAAAAUAGAUCACAAC